AUGAAACAUUGAAUGAUCUAACACUUCUUUGCAGAAAAAAAAUAAUUUGAUUUCGUGAGAAACUAAAAAUGCUUUUGCUUUAUUCUGAUGAAUGUUCCCAUAUUUAUUCCUAAGCUUAUUGGCGGUGCUUGAAAAGUAGUUUUACGAAUGUAUGAGUACAAGUAGUUUGUGAGUGUUCCUGAAUAUACUACAAUUUCCUGUUGCCAUUUCGCUAUAGGGAGCCAUGGAGCUUAAUGGGAUAUAUAGCCAAUCAUUUGAUGAGCAAGUGCCUAAUGGGUCUCAUAGUACGGGAUCUGGAAGCGCAACUCACGAUCCAGAGCUCACUAGACCAAAUAGCGCUGAUAGCUCCCAACAUUACCACGCUCCUUCAAAUCAAAGUUCAAGUGCCUCACUGUCAAUAGAAGAACGACUCAGGCGCGUUAGAGCCGCUGAACAACUUAAACAGCAGCAACGUUACGCAGCCUACGUAGAAGCCCAACAACAAGCCGAAAUGGCACGUAUGCGCCAACAAGAGGAAAGAAAGCGCAGAAUUGAAGAAAUGCGACAAAAGGAACAAAUGCGCCGACUUAGUGCACUAGAACGACGUGCAGCCUUGGAAUUAUCUAAUCAAGCACGGAUAGAACGACUUCGAGAACGGUCGGCUAACCGUUCAGGAAACAAUACGUUUCGCCGCCAGUUUGCAGAACAUGAUCACUCUGGUCGUACUGCAAGUGCUUCUCCUUCUUUGGGAACCUCGCGAAAUCCAAGCACUCUUAUGACAACUUCGUGUGUGGUCGCCUUUGGAAGCAGCGCUCCGCGCUCUAUAUGUACGCAACCAAGUGCAGCAGCUUUACGUUUGAAACAGGCUUUUGAAGCGCGAUUAGCUAGCUACCUUACCGGUCGACAUAGUGGGUGCUUUUUUACAGCAGCUGCAGCACCUUAUUAUUCGUGCUUUAUAGAUACAUCACAUGGACCUAGGCCUCAAAUCUCUGUGUAUAAAUCGAGGCCCUGUAAUCGAGGUGUAACGCAGUCUAGGCGAGCUGCUUCAGCUCAUGCCUCUGUUUUGCGUCAUACUAAGUCUUCAUUCACUCGGGUUACUCAUGCUCGGCGUCAACAAAAUUCUCUUAUUAACAGAGACACUGUUUUCAAAAAUGGUCAACCUAUCAGCACUAAAGUCUUGAAAUCCCCAAACACUACCACAGUUCCUGAUGGGCACAAUGUCGAGAGUAAUCGAACCAGUGAAGUAAUUUCAAGUCGAUCUAAUUCAUCCAACGAAUGUGAUAAAAUUGGGCGUCUUAAUCAUCAUCCCAAAGUGCCAAAACAUAUUACUGCACCCGCAAAUACAUCGAAAACGAAAGAACAUACAGCUAAGUUGGAAAAUAUGGUCCCACCUUCAGAUUCCACUAGUUCUACACGUUCCAACUCUAUUGAGAGACGAUCUAGACAACCAACUAUUUCUGUAUUCGAACGUUUAACAAUGUCUCGUUCUGUCACUACUUCUGGAAACGUUACGACAAAUAAAGCAAGACCUGUCCAUUCGUCUGCUAGUACUGUGCAUGUGGCAAAAAGACCCGAAUCUAUUCGAGAAUCCAAACGUAAUGGUAACUCUGUCGUGCCACCUGUGAUGUCUAAAUCCGUUUCUGGUGAUGCGCUACAUCUGCGCCACCAGAAGAAACCAGUGCUCCCCUCGAAACCCCUCUCACCGCCCUCUUAUCCAACCAGAAUCCAGGAGCCAGAAACAGCCAUUUCCAGUCUUCCUCCGUUACCUCAGUCUUCAUCUGAGUCAGAAAGUGUUACUCAAGUAGCUGAAGAUAUCUCUAUUACAAAAGUGCCUUGCAGCGACUCUACUCCACCUCCUUCAUCUCAAGUUAAUGAUGUAAAGAAUGAAACUUCGUCCAUUGUUGCACAAAUAGGUCCAAUUAAGGCUGAGACACGUGGUUCAGGUGAAGGUGCCAUUUUAUCUGAAAAUGAAGCAGCAAUUUAUCGUGCAAAACUUUUUAAACAACGUCGCUUAGCAAAAGAGCGAAUGGAAGAAGAAAAAAGACGAUUGGAAGAGGAGAGUCGUAAUCGACGAAUCCAACAAGAGCAAGCUGGUUUAGCUGCCGAAGCUGAAGAAGCUCGUUUAAAAGAAGAACAGGACGCUCGUUUGGCUGAAGAAGCUCGUUUAAGGGAGGAGCAAGCUCUUCAUGAGGCUGAAGAAGCUCAACGUGCAAAAGAAGCGGAAGAAGCCGCUAGGCUUCAAGCAGAAGAAGCAGAGCGCCUUGCAAAAUUGCAACGUAGUGAAGAAGAAAGAGUUUUACGCAAGAAAAAGUUGGACAGUAUUAUGUCUCGUGUCAAAAGACCAAUGAAGUUAACAUCUGAGGCAACUAGUGAAUCUGGGUCUACAACCAAUCUUCAAUCAACGGAUACCACACAGUCAUCUUUAGUGCCUGAUACUACUUGUGCUUCGCCUGAUAGAAUCGUUAACCAAGAACCAACUAUAGGUGUUGAAGCACCUAAGGUGGAGAUCAAUCCAUCAGAGAUUUAUGAAACUUCUAAUGACAGAGUCAUUUUUACUGUUGACGGUGGAAGGGUGAAUGAAUCUUCGUCUUCACUUAAUGACGAAUCUGUCAACCAGUCAUCUUUUUCACACACAAUUACUGAAAACGAUUUGAAAAAUAAUGUAAAUAACGCUUUUGAAGAUCUCGUCUCCAGUACUACUAUUACUACUACUACCAUCAAUGGAAAGUCGAACAAUAAUAACAAUUCACCAUUAAGUAAUGUGAAUGAUGCAGAAGCAACAACACAAGUGACAAGCAAUUCAGAUUUGACAAUGAUAAGGAAUAGUUCAAGUGCUAGUCAUAGAACACCACAAUUCAAAUCUGCGUUAUUGCAAUCUAUGCUAGGCGCAGGUCGUUUGUCUGCACAUGCUAAAGAUGCUGUUGCUGGAUUAAGACGUAAUUCUUCUCAAAUACAAAAUGAUCACAGUACAAAUGAUAAUUGGCCUCAACAUCAUGAACAUAGUGAUUCUACUGUGUCUAGUUUCUAUUCAGUUAAUAGUACACUUAUUCAGGACUCUGGUGAUUCUGUAAAUAUAAACAAUAGUUCUUCAACGUUUUCGUUUACCAUUUUGUAUUCCACGUGUUUCCGUCAUAGAAUUUAAAUUGUAUUUGUGAAUUAACCGCUCCCUGAGAAAGUCCAGCGCCAUUGCAAACGAUUUUAAGCCAUGUCAUUCAAGGUCUCUAACUAUCGGUUGCUGUCAUCUCGCAUCUUGCAUUAAACAUUCCUUAUGCAUUUCUAUCGAUAAAAAUAAUUAUUAUAUUGUAUCCUGGAAUUACUUAUUUCCUUAUUACUGGUCACCAAAUUAUUUAAAUAUUUUGCUAUCAAAAGUAGUCAAGAAUACUAUUUUGGUUUUCUUAUACUUUAUUUUAUCUUCAGUUAUGCAUUCUGUGCCGGACACAUCUAGGCAUUAUCAGCAUGAUCUACCUCACCUUAAUGGAUCAAAUGUUAUGCAGAAGUCUGGUAAUCCUGUAUAUUUGUGGUCGGAAGAUCCUGAUCAUGAAGUUUCCAAACCCGAUUCAUUGUCUUCUGUUCCUCUCGAUACAUCAACUCAUUGAAUUUUAUUGCGACUCGAAAAAUCACACAUGUAUUCGUGAAAUAUAAAAGUUGGUGAAACUUUAAUUCAAAUGCUUCCAUGCUUCUACCUAACUAAAUUGAUCCAUCUUACUGUGUAUUAUUCUAAGCUUUCCAAGUGAUUAACAAACAUUGAUUCCACUAAGUAGUUUUUGCUCUGUACUCUCUCUUUCUCAACCCCGUCUAUCACUACAUAUAUACAUAAACAUGAAAUUUUAUUCCAUUUUUUAUUUAAAAAAAGAAAAUUAGUAAGAAAAACUCAUUUGCACAGUUUUUAUCGCAGUUCCCUAUUUAACAUGUACAUUGAGAGCUGAAGACUGUGCACACCUCCGUGUGUAUUGAUUCAAUUUAUUUGUUAUUAUUUAGUUAUGAUGAUAGUAAUCAUAAGAUACCUCUUCGAAUCUUUUUUCAUCGCUAUUCCAGUUGUUAAUUCUGGUUGUAAAUUGUACAAUUUUAUGACUGAUUAGUUGAUUGAUUGGUAUUACAUAAUCAACAUUAGAUUUUGUUUCAUUUUGACUUACUACUACUGUUUUGACAUUAUGCUUUCUGCGACACGACUAGUCAAAUCCACUAAAUACUCGGCGGUGCUGUAUUUCUAUUCAGAGAGCUCUUGAUUUAGUUCAUUUAGUGGUGUUGACUAACAGUGACACAAAAAGCAUAAUGUCAAAACAGUAGUAGUCAAUCAAAAUGAAACGAAAUCUAAUGUUGAUUAUGUAAUACCAAUCAAUCAACUAAUCAGUCAUAAAAUUGUACAACUUAUUUAUAUAGUUUUAUGAUUAAUCCUAUGAUUCGUUUUCUCCUUGCCAAUCAAAGUUUUAUCUCCUUGUUAUUGCUUCUGUUUAUUUGAUGGUAUACCAAGUAAUCCUGUAAUUUUGUAAGCUAUACUUCGUGUAUCCUCCCCUUCCCUAAUACUGAAACAACCUACUACUGUCUUCCUUAUAUAUCCUUUCUUUCCCGGUACACGCGGAUGAGUGCCAUAAUACUUCUUUAUAAACAGGUGAAGAUUUCUUGUUUUCAUGUGUCAUAUCCACGGUCCCCAGUACAUAAACCUCUUGCUAGUUUUUUUGCACAGUUUUGCUGUUGUUCAUUCACUGAUGCUUUAUCCGAUAUUUAUGCGUGUGCCUGUACGCUUGUCCGCAUUUUAUAUACCUGUAGGCUAUGUGAAAGGAGCAAGACUAUUUAACUUUUGUCUAUCAUAUACUUCAAUUGGUCAUUCUUAUUUAUGAUAAUGAUAGUAAUUAUUAUUAUUAUUUUUAAACGUUUGGUUAAUUUUAUCUCAUUCUCUUCUCUUCAUUUUCUCUAUUUACAUAGCUCCGUUUUAACUCUUAUCCGUCAUUGUCUAUAAUUUAUUUAUAAUAAAAGAAAUAAAGAUUCAUUAGUGACAAUAGUGAUGAAAAUGACUAUCUUUUUAUAUUACGCUUGUUGACCAGUAUUUUGGCCUAUCCUCCUUAUUGUGUAUAAAAUGUUCUAAACGAAUUGAAGCACAUAAUUUACAAACUGUUAAGUUGUGCGCUACUUCUAUUAUGUACGUGUUGGCUUCGUUGUAUCCACGGUCCUAUUGCAUAUACUUAGAAACGAGAAUCACUGCAAUUCACACUACGCAAAAUGAAUACUGUUUUGAUUUUAAUUUGAUGUCUAUCAUAAGGUCAAAUGUUUAGGAUAUGAGCUCUUAGGGAGUUUUAAAUUUAUGUUAAUAUUGUCACAAGGGUGUGUUGUUAAGUAAUUUAAAAAUUUAUUAAUUAAGAAAAUGGGUCAUUCAGGAAAAAAACAAAAGAAUUCAAACAAUUUUUACUCAGAAUAUUCUGAUUUUAUUUCCCAGAUAACAAAUAGUCUACUCUUGACUUAAACUAUUCCAUUACACGUAGUGAUUUAAUACAUGCAAUUAAAUCAGAGAACCUGGCACCCGGAUUUAAGUCACACGUGAAUUAUGGCAAUCUAUUGAAAAAUGAAAUUCGAACACACGCCUAUCUUACUUCCGUUAUAAAAACCUAGUGAAAAUACACAAAAAUUAUUGUUCAAAAGUUUACCUAUUCACGCUAAAUAUCCAUAUCGGCAAUAAUGCAUAAAUCACAACUGUAUAUUUCGUCUUUUAUUAUAUAGAGAAAUGUUUCCGAGAUCAUUUAUACAUUGUGUUAACUUAAUCGUACAGAAAAUUUAAUUCUAUUAAAAAUAUUUCAUAUCUGAUUAAUUUGUAUCAAUGUAACAAUUGAAGAAAUUAGAAAUAAUAGUUUUCUAAUAUUUGUGUAUGUAUGAGCAUAAAUUAGUUGUUUAAACAAAA